CGCAGCCGCGUCUUUCCGUGGGGUGGCGGGAGCCCAGGUGCUGUCUCCAGCUCAGGAAGGCAUGGGGGGAGCACAGUCCCUCAGGCUGCCCCAUGGGAAAGGACCUCACCAAGUGGGCUGCACGGAUGUGAUGGUGGGCCCCAACCGGAAGGGGCUUUUCUUCCGGUUGUUUUACCCCUGCCUUCCCCAGGAGGGGGCAGAGCAGCCCCUCUGGAUCCCGCGCCGUGAGUAUUGCGAUGGGCUGGCCGACUACAUCAACCUGAAGUGGUGCACCCCGCUGCUCAGUGUGACUUUUGGGUCCUACAGAGUUCCAGUGAGCUGGAACGGACCUUUUAAGGCAUGUGGCAGCAGGUACCCACUGAUCAUAUUCUCCCAUGGCCUGGGAGCCUUUCGAACCGUCUACUCGGCUGUCUGUGCGGAAAUGGCCUCCCGUGGCUUUCUGGUGAUGGCGCUGGAGCACAGGACUCAGGAGCAGUCUCUGAUCUUCUCUUUGAAAUGGGGGCAUUCAGAAGCUGAAUCGAAUGCUAAAUAUUCCCCUUUCCCUUGCAUGCCUCGUGUUUCCGAUGAGUGGCAACUGCUCAGUGAUUUAACUUGGCUGUCCUGUUAUUCCCGCAGAGACCAUUCUGCCUGUGCAACUUACUUUUGCAAGGCAGAGGCUGGGGGGUCCGAUUCCCUGGAGGCUGCGCUGCAGGAGGAAUGGAUCCCGUUUCGAAGGGUCCAAGAAGGGCGGAAGGAAUUUCAUUUUCGAAACCCACAGGUUCAUCAAAGAGCAAACGAGUGCGUGCGAGGGCUCAGGCUGGUGCAGGACAUCAGCAGCGGCAAAGCUGUCACCAAUGUCUUGCACAAAGGAUUUGAUCUGUCUGCACUGAAGGAGAGUGUGGAUUUGUCUAAAGUCGCUGUAAUGGGCCACUCUUUCGGAGGAGCAACCGCAAUUCUAGCCCUUUCUAAAGAGGACCAUUUUAGAUGCGCCGUUGCUCUCGAUGCCUGGAUGUUCCCUUUGAAGAAUGAUCUCUACCACAAGGUGACCAAGCCGGUGCUUUUUAUCAACACGGAGAAAUUCCAGACUGCAGAAAGUGUCGCCAAAAUGAAGAGACUCAGCUCCAGAAACAGGCAGACCAAGAUCAUAACCCUCCUGGGAUCUGUGCAUCUGAGUCAGACUGACUUCACUUUUCUGGCUGGGAAUCUCCUGAACAGACUGUUCCAGACCAGAGGCACCCUGGACCCAUACGCAGGCUUGGACAUCACCAACAGGGCGGCGCUUGCUUUCCUGCAGAAACAUCUGAGGCUGGAGGAAGAUUUUGAUCAGUGGAAUAAUCUCCUGGAAGGCAUUGGUGACUCGGUGAUUCCAGAGGCGCCUCUCUGCAUCUCCAGCCUUUAGAGACACUGUCUGCUGGUCCGUCCCCAUGGAUGUUAGGCAUCCUCCAUACCAGGAAGAUAGUAGCUUCACCUUAAAUCAGCAACUCCAUUAACUCUGCAAAAGGCACGUGUAAAUCAUGCAGCUGCUGAUGGAAUCCAGAGACAUGGAGCCCUCGCUGGUCCAGAAUUCAUGCUGGAACCGGAAGACUAGAGGCCCUGACUGGUCGAGGGUUGGCCAUGGAACCCAGAGACUGGGCCCUCCUCUGGUCUAGAACUCACCAUCGAGAACAGACUGGGGCGCCUGGCUGCUCUAGAACUGAUUUUGGAACCUAGAAAACUGAUGCCUUAUUGGACAGAAGCAGAUGUGGGGUGUGGCUUGGCUUAGCAGCCCCCUUUUGACAGGUCCCAAACCUUUCUUUCUGCUCCUUCAAAUCCCUCCUCUAAAUACAUUUCUUCCCAAAAGUCUUUCACACAUGAGACCUGCCUUGGUCCCCUCUGACUCCUACCAACACCCCAUGCACUUUGUGUGGCUGCACUUUGUUGUCUACACCUGAACUACAUUGCACUAGUUUCAGACAAUGAAAGGAAAAUCUCUCUCCUUGUGUUAAACUCUCAGAAGCCCCUCCUGUGAAUUACCUGAGGUACUAAUGCUGCUGUAGUAAUUGUCAGUCUAAAUGGUAUCGUCUGUAAAAUGGUGCAUAUAUUAGAAACUGUAUUUUCUUCUCUCUUAAGUGUGCAUUAAAUGAAGAUGGAGAAUAUUGUUCAUAACACG